AUGACUUGGACGGAAAUGUCCGGCAUUCAUAAUCAAGAAUUGGUUCCUAUAUCAUUGCCAGAUACAGUAACCGGCAACGAAGACGGUAACAUGGAAGAUCGGGAAAAUUUCGAGAAUUUCAUAAUCGUGACCAGGAAGAGUCAGCAAAAAUCUGCACCUCAAGAAGAUCUGAAAGCACAUGCAAUUUGGAAGAAGCUAGACGUGAAGGAAUCCCUGACAAUAGCGGAAAGAAAGCGUCGCCGAGAGGAGCGUCUUGGUCACGAGGAAGUACGUGAAAAUACGGUUCCUCAAGCACCACAUUCCAAUGCCUAUGUUAUCCAAGCAACGGUCAUGCGUUGUAUGCUAUACGAAGUGAGAUGUGGAGCGCUAGUUGCCAAAAUGCAUGUGAAAUUGUUUCGCUGCCCUGGCAUCAACGAGCGGUGCAUCGAGUUUGGAAAAGAAAUGAUCACGCCAAAGGAGUUCACUGUGAAAGCAAAUAGAACCAAACAGAAAGACUGGAAGGGCAGCAUAAAAGUAGGAAGAACGAAUUUAAGGUACAGUUUGGCUUUGUCGAACCAGUACACACCAGUGUACGGUCAUAUGCUCAUUGCGACUUUUAUGCCCAGCAUUGUCUACAGAAAGAAGUAA